AUGGCAGAGAGGUAUCCAUUGGCCAACAGCCAGAUGAUUCGCGAGGCCCAAAGUACUGGCAUCGACUAUCCCUUCGCCGUGGCCAGCAUCAACGUCACUCAACACUUGGCCAGGUACUUGCACUUGGUCCGGGAUGCCGUUGGAUGUGCGUUGGACAUCGCCUCCCCGCGCACCGUGCACCGCUUUGCCGGGCUCCUGCAAAGGCAAGAAGAGCCCAUCGAUGUGACGGUGCCCUUCUGCGAGCUGCAUGCCGCAGUGAUGACUCGCUUGCAUUGCAAUUGGCGUCGCCGAAAGAGGGAGGACCCGCAGAUCACCGUCAUGAGCUUCGCACCGGUGCUGGAGGAGACCUUGAAGAGCACCCGGAGGUUCUGCGAAGGAGCGCUCAUGAGCAGUUCGUCCGAGUUCCGCUCCUGGGUGGAUGAGACCGAGGUGCGCGACGGUGCGGAGCCUCCAUUGAGUGUGCCAAGUGUGGCGUUCCGGCCUGAGGAGGAAAAUCAGAUCACCGAGUCCUUACAGCAAACGGCGUCUUGGCAGACAAGCGAUGCUGGCGGAGUAUUAAAUAUGGGUGGAUGCAUUUCCAGCAUCACCAGCCUUUGA